AUGGCGACCACGGAUGUAAAGAUCCAGGAGCUGCAAGCAAAACCGCGAUCGGAGCUUACAGAAUACGAAUUAUCUCUUCUCGAAACGCACGAGUUCACUUCAGGACCGCUUUCCCUCCUGCAGACAGCAGUGCGGAACCACACGCAGGUCUUGAUCAGCUGUCGCAAUAAUCGAAAACUGCUCGCCCGAGUAAAGGCGUUUGACAGACACUGCAACAUGGUGCUGGAGAACGUCAAGGAGAUGUGGACGGAAACGCCAAGGCUGACUGACGGCAAGAGAGGGAGGCCUGUCAACAAGGAUCGAUUCAUCAGCAAAAUGUUUCUGCGUGGCGACAGCGUCAUCUUGGUGCUACUUUCGUAA